UCACAGUGCAGGUUAUUUUAUUCCACGCAUUCUAUUUAUAAUCACUUUUCAGUUCCUUUUCUUCUAUCCAAUGUAUUCUGUGCCAUAUUUUACGAAAGUUCCUGAUGGGAUUGUUCCAGGGAGAUCCAUAAUCAUUAAAGGCGUGGUGACGGCAGAUGACAGAUUUGCGAUCAACCUCAAAUGUGGGGAGGACUAUGGCUUCCAUUUUAACCCUCGCCCAAGCCAGGGCUGUGUUGUGAUGAACCAUUGUCAGGGUGGAUGGGGGCCGGAAGAGAGGAUUGAUGGAAGCAUGUUUCAGCCCGGUCAACCUUUUGAAAUCUGUAUACAUGUACAGCCGAAUGAAUACACGGUUUUCAUCAAACAGAAUCCGGAUCCUCACUUCUUCAACAUCAGGUUGUUCCCUCUUGAAAAAAUAGUUACACAUUACGAAGAUGCGAUAGAGAUUAAUGAGAUAACUUAUGUUUAA